AUGGAAAAAAACAGCAACAUCACUGUGUUUAUUCUGUUGGGACUUUCACAAAACAGGAACAUUGAAAUCCUGUGCUUUGUAUUAUUUUCAUUUUGUUACAUAGGUAUUUGGACAGGAAAUGUGCUCAUAAUGAUUUCUAUCACAUGCACUCAACUAAUUGACCAGCCCAUGUAUUAUUUCCUCAAUUACCUCUCACUCUCUGACCUUUGCUACACAACCACAGUGACGCCCAAACUAAUGACUGACUUGCUGACAGACAGGAAGACCAUUUUCUAUAGUAACUGCAUGCUACAGCUCUUUACCACUCAUUUAUUUGGAGGCAUCGAGAUCUUCAUUCUCACAGGAAUGGCCUAUGACCGCUAUGUGGCCAUCUGCAAGCCCCUGCACUACACUGUCAUCAUGAGCAGGCAACGAUGCAACACAAUCAUCAUAGCUUGUUGCACUGGAGGAUUUGUGCACUCUGCCAGCCAGUUUCUCCUUACCAUCUUCUUACCAUUCUGUGGUCCCAAUGAGAUAGACCACUACUUCUGCGAUGUGUAUCCUUUGCUGAAAUUGGCCUGUUCUAACACACGUAUAAUUGGCCUCUUAGUCAUUGCUAAUUCAGGGCUAAUUGCUUUAGUGACCUUCAUUGUUUUGAUGUUGUCUUAUUUUUUAAUACUGUACACCAUCAGGGCAUACACGGCUGAGAGCCGCAGCAAAGCUCUUUCCACUUGCAGUUCCCAUAUAACAGUUGUGGUCCUGUUUUUUGCACCAGCUUUAUUCAUUUACAUUAGACCAGCCAUAACAUUCCCAGAAGAUAAAGUGUUUGCUCUUUUCUACACCAUUGUUGCUCCCAUGUUCAACCCUCUGAUCUACACACUGCGGAAUGUGGAGAUGAAGAAUGCCUUGAGGAAGGUGUGGUGUCAUCAGACACUCCUGAAGAUAAAGUGA